GAAAAGAGAGCAAUGUUUGUCCCUUCAAUAUUUUUGCUCUCCAUCAUGACUUUCAUAAGUGCAAAUAUUAGUUAUGAAAGCAAGAGCACAUCUGGGCAUGCAAUCCCAUUUCCCACCCAUGAACACUUGGAUGUCAACCAAGCCAUUAAAGAAUCAACAUUAAUCCAACCUCCUGAAACACAUGAUAUUAAUAUUGUGGAUGAUGACAAUAGCAGAUGGAAGCUCAAGCUUCUUCACAGAGACAAAUUGCCUUUUUCUCACUUUACUGAUCAUCCUCACCGCUUUCAAGCUCGCAUGAAAAGAGACCUCAAAAGGGUACAUACACUCACUGCUACUACUAAUUAUGAUGAGGUUAAGGAGGAGGAAUUCGGCGGCUUCGGGAGUGAGGUUAUUUCCGGUAUGGAGCAAGGCAGUGGAGAAUACUUUGUCAGGAUUGGUGUUGGUAGUCCUGUUAGACAACAAUACAUGGUUAUUGAUGCUGGUAGUGAUAUUGUUUGGGUUCAGUGCCAGCCAUGUACCCAUUGCUACCAUCAGUCUGACCCCGUAUUUGACCCUUCCCUUUCCGCUUCUUUUUCUGGUGUACCAUGUUCUUCCUCCCUUUGCGACCGCAUAGAUAACUCCGGCUGUCAUGCUGGUCGCUGCAAAUACCAAGUCAUGUAUGGUGAUGGCUCCUACACCAAGGGGACCAUGGCCCUCGAGACCCUUACUUUUGGCCGCACUGUUAUUCGUGACGUGGCCAUCGGAUGUGGCCAUAGUAACCACGGUAUGUUUAUUGGGGCUGCAGGUUUGUUGGGUCUUGGAGGUGGCUCCAUGUCACUUGUUGGACAACUCGGUGGACAAACAGGUGGAGCCUUUAGUUACUGUUUGGUUAGCCGGGAAAGUACUGGAUCAACUGGAUCACUUGAAUUCGGGCGGGAAGUAUUACCCGCCGGUGCAGCAUGGGUACCACUCAUCCGAAACCCACGGGCUCCGAGUUUCUAUUACAUCGGCAUGUCGGGUCUUGGAGUUGGAGGAGCGCGUGUACCCAUACCUGAAGAUGCAUUUAGAUUGACUGAGGAAGGAGAUGGAGGAGUGGUUAUGGAUACAGGGACAGCCGUUACCAGGCUUCCCCAGGAAGCCUAUGUGGCGUUUCGCGAUGCCUUUGCAGCCCAAACCUCAAGCCUUCCACGGGCACCCGCCAUGUCAAUAUUCGACACCUGCUAUGAUCUUAACGGGUUUGUAACGGUUCGAGUACCAACCAUUUCGUUUUUCCUCAUGGGUGGUCCCAUCUUAACCCUACCAGCUAGGAACUUCCUAAUUCCAGUGGAUAGAAAGGGCACAUUCUGCUUUGCAUUUGCUCCAUCUCCAACCAGACUUUCCAUAAUAGGGAAUAUCCAGCAAGAAGGCAUCCAAAUUUCUAUUGAUGGAGCUAAUGGUUUUGUGGGAUUUGGCCCCAAUAUUUGCUAGCCAUGCAUGCAUGUGCUUAGUUAUAGUAAAUUAAUUUCAAUAAUAUCAUCAUGCAAGAUAUGAAGUAUAUAAACCAUAUAUAUUAC